AUGCAGAAGUAUUGGGGUCUUCGUGGUUCACGGGUUACUUGGGCAGCUCUAGUACUCAUCGUCGGUCCAGCGUAUACCUGCUUUGGUUACAACCAGAGCGUUGCGGGCAAUGUCUUGACGCUUCCAGCUUUUGUCAGCGUCUUCCCACAGAUCGAUACAGUGAACACGACAGGAGCUCAGGAGCAGCAUAAUAGUACGAUCCAAGGCUUGGUCAUCGCACUCUUCGUUCUAGGCGCUGGUAUUGGCGCUCUCACAUGCAUGAAAGUAGGAGAUUGGCUUGGGCGCCGAAUGACCAUAUUCUGUGCAGCGAUUAUUGCUAUCGUCGGAGUUAUCUUGAUGGCCUCGUCAUUUUCACUUGCGCAACUCAUCGUUGCACGGCUGGUCCUGGGAUUCGGCUCUGGGGGAUAUUCAGCAACGAUCCCAGUCUGGCAAAGCGAGAUUUCCGGAGCCCAGCAUCGAGGCGCAUUCGUGAACUGGGAGGGAAUAUUCCUCGGACUGGGCAUUGUUCUGGCGGAGUUGCUUGACUUUGCUUUCUUUUUCGUUAAAGGCAGUAGCGUCAGCUGGCGGUUUCCCUUUGCCAUACAAAUUCUCCUACUGCUAGCAGUCAUGGCUUUCAUCUUUACACUGCCUGAAUCGCCAAGAUGGCUGGUCAAGAAGGGCAAACACGAGGCCGCGAGCGAAGCACUUGCUGUGUUGAACGAUCUGCCAGCAGGAGACAAGGCUGUCCAGGACGACAUCGCUAAGAUACAACAAUCACUUGACGGCAACGGCGCGAGGUCUGGAAAGGUGAGGAAUCUGAUGCGAAUGGGAGAUCAACGUUUCUUCAACCGAGCAAUGAUUGCCAUCUUGGGCCAAUUGUUCCAGCAAAUGUGCGGCACUAGCAUCACUGUAGCCUACGCCACGAGUAUCUUCGAGGAACGCUUGGGCUUCGACGCCGUCAGGUCCCGUGGCCUCGCUAUCAGUCUGUCGAGCCUGUUCAUAUUUGGCGGCGCAGCCACCGUCUUGACAGUGGAUCGUUUCGGGAGAAGAACUCUCAUGCUGCUCAGCGCCAUUGUCAUGACCAUCUGCAUGGCUGCCUUAGCAGGCACGACUUCAAUCCCGGCCAACAAGAGCGCCAUCUACGCCGCCACUUUCUUCAUAUUCCUGUACGUUCCGUUCUUCGCUCUCGGCUUUCUCAGCAAUACGAACCUAUAUGCAACCGAAGUCGCACCCUUGGAAUACCGAGCCGCGAUCGCUGGCGUUUCGACGGCUACCUCGUGGUUGUCGAACUUCGUUGUCAAUCUUGUCACUCCCAUAGGGUUUGACAACAUUGGCUAUCGGUACUGGAUCGUCUACGCUGCAAUAAACGCGGUGAUUGUUCCGACUAUAUACUUCACAUUUCCUGAGACGGCUACUUUGAGCCUAGAGGAAAUGGAUGAAGUCUUCCGGCGGUCGAAGAACAUGUUGGACCCCCCAAAGAUUGCGAAGACCAUGAUUAGGGAGAGGACGAAUGGUCAUAGUGAAGAUACGGUAGCGGAUAUGCAUGAGCAUGGAAGCAUGAAGGCUUGA